AUGACAGUGACAGUUGUAAUUUGUAAAUGGUUGCGUUUGUUGAGGCAGAAGUGAAAACGUAAGCUGGAAACUUGACAAUGCACAAUGGCUACGAAUAAUAUAAAUGAAAAUAUCCUGGAUCCUAUAGGAUCUGACAAAACAGAAUGGGUUCCCCUUACACUAACUUUAGUGGAGUAUCAAAAAGGUGACCUUAUAGGUCAGUUUCUGGCUCUCAUCAGCUUGGCACCCUUCGGAAUAGGCUCCGGAUUUAUAGCUUUAAUUCUCUUUAGGCGAGACUUACAUACUAUUACAUUUUUCUUAGGAACCCUCUUCUCAGAGAUACUCAACUAUUUACUGAAGCACACAAUUUGCGAAGCGAGGCCUGUACAUAGAGAUGCGAUUCAUGUUGAAUACGGGAUGCCGUCGUCCCACGCACAGUUUGUCUGGUUUUUCGCAACGUACAUCAUCUAUUUCGUCUUCAUAAAGCUUUACCACAUGAAUAAUAACACAAUUAUCGAAAAUCUUUCCAAGUUUUUGAUAAUAUCUUCAUCGCUAGUGAUGGCUGUUUUAGUCAGUAUAAGUAGGAUAUAUUUGGAGUAUCACACGUUUUGGCAGGUCCUGUGUGGAGCUGUGGUUGGAAUAUUAUUUGCAACGUUCUGGUUUGCAUUAACGUACCUGGUAUUGACACCAUUAUUUCCACAGAUCGUUUCUUGGAAAAUAUCGGAAAUACUUCUCUUGCGAGACACCACCCUCAUUCCGAACGUGCUUUGGUUCGAGUACACCAACACCCGGCAAGAGGUGCGAGCUCGAAGCCGCAAGCUGGUGAGCAUGAAGUCCCAAUGACGUUUUUUGGACGACAGUUUCAGUUUCACUUUGCCCUACCCUGUGGUCUACUUCUUCAGAUCGUUCGUCUACUGGCCCAGGAAGCAGCGGUAACUCUAACGGAAACUGUGGCAUCAACCGAUAACAAUCAAUAUUUUUAUAAAACGGGCAGCUUUUCAUCGAGGCAAUGACGGAAAAUAUCGGUGGGGCGGCAAGCUAAAUGGUGGAGUAUGUGAAAAAAGAUAUUUUUUUUACGACCCGGCACUCUACCCACGGGAGAAUUCCGCCUCGGAUUUUCCUUGCCUUCAAAAUCAUUGCCGAAAAAUUGUGUGUAUCUGAGAACUGUCAAUUUGUACGUUUUGGGAAACUGUCGAUAUUUCGAUCGAGAGAGUGUUCUGUAUUGAAUAUCCGGUCGCCUCUGUUGUAAUAGUUGUAAUUGUAUGAAUACGUUUUUUGACGGUGUGAUUGUCGAACAUUUGUGGUCUCUGUUAGAGUAGUUUUCGUCAAAUUCGUUUUGUAUAUCUUCUCUUUGGUACACCUCUAAGACACAUUCCAGGAAAAAUUGCCAAAUUAUUUGUCUCUUUCUAUAGGUUCAGCGCAGCAUUUCGAAGACUUGAAGUGCGUCAAAAUAUCUUGAUGAAUAGUAUAGUUUUUAUCUUCCAUUUUGUUUUAAAGUAAGUUUUUUUACUUUUUGUUUUAGGUGUUUAGUACAAAUGUCUUCCUUUCCACAGUGGGGUCGAUUUUCUUCAACCUGGCCAUAAUUACCACGCAUCUUCAUAAAUAGUUUCUUAUCAUUGAUAUUGUCUGCAAUGAGAAGUGCAGGUAAAGUGUUCAGACGCUUAAAUCGACAGAUAUGGAGGUUCAAAACCAUAACGAAACGGUCAACUGUUGUUGAUUAACUGCAAACUUUUCGUUUUGUAGACCUAAAGUUGAUUGCCUCCCAUUUUCAUGAGUGGCAGAUUUUCAACAUUUGGCGGAGCCCCUCUCACCUUGGACCAACCUAACCUGCUCACCUACUUCUAGUUGAUGAAAUUAACUAUGAUAGCUGGUUGAGACGGACCGGAUUACCUUCAACUGUUAACGAAGGUAAUCUGAAACCAUCAAAGAAGCAGCUAUCUCACUCUAACAAAAAAGGGGGGAGGUGACCCAGAACCUUCUUGAGUAACCUACUCAAGCAAUAUGCUCAUUGACUUCUAACAAAUGACAAAAUAUAAGAAAAUGAAUACUUUUGAAUGAAAUCUUAAAUAUUCAUCUCUCCCAACUUCCUACACUCCUUACACAGUAGGUUCUGGUAAAUGUCUGCAGGGAAAUAACUACUUCCCCGGCUAAUACCACGCUGGUCAUUGAAUUGUAGAAGUAGGGAAAGAUUAAUAUUUUGAGAUUUCAUUCUGAAACUUUUAUUUUCUUUAAAUACAAUGUUUGCGAAUUCAUGACCAGAUGGUUUCACUACCCCACUGUCCUUUUGAGUUGGCAGCUUGUUUUUUUUUUCACCUUUGGAAAUUGGCAAGCUCUGAGGAAACUUUUAUACUUUCUUCCAUUCUAAUACUCUUGUAAAACUUUGUGUGCAAUCUAUUAAACAUGAACAUAAUUCUGCUAUCUAUUAUUUGUUAUCUACUUUGUUGUUUUAUUUAUUGUUAUUUUUAAUUAAUUUAUUAUUUUAUUCGCUCGAAAAUAUAAUCAAAUGCAAAUCUUCGAUUUUGCAUUGAUUUUCAGUAACGAUUGAAGUUUUUUGUACACCUCUGAGGGGUUUGUACUGAGGCUUUGGAUUGGGCGUUCAGAUAUGUAGGUUUAGGUGAAAUACUACUCAAAUAAGCUUAUAAAAGUCUGUGAAUUUCACUAUUUUUUCAAAUUAACUUGGACGAACUAAUCCUUGAGAUAUUUCAUGUGUUAAUGGAACAAUAUCACAAUAUCUGAUGAAUUUUCAGAUAUAAAAUAUUUCUUCUUGUCCUUUAAAGUUUUGUGAAGUUGAAAAGAUCUUUCCACCUGUCUCGAGCUCUUUUGAGCAGUAUUUUCAUCACACAGAAUGACAAUUAGCGUUGAAAUAAAUUGUCCAGUUGGCACAAAAUCUCUUAACUUGGCGUUCACCCUGUUUCGAGAAGAAUCUUUGAGCAGGCUUCCGUCGUUUCCAUUUUACUUUCUGACAAAGCGAUUGGGAAACUUUGUGAAUUAGCGUAAGAUGUAUGUGUGACAAUUUGAAUUUUCACUCUAGCAAUCAAGAAUAUACUUAAUAAUGGUCGACUGAUUUAAAAACUAGUUGGAUAGACUUAAACGAUAACUGUAGGUGUAAUUUAUGUGAAAUUAUGCUUACGAUGUGACAUUUUUUAAAUUAGGAUCCUUUAUUAUUGUUAAUGUGCUUUUUUGAGUAGCAAUUUUAUUUGUGUAAGGGAUGUGAAGAGACAAUUUUGACCAUUAUGAAAUAAACUGUUGAAUAGCU